CCCCCCUUUUGUAAAUUCAAUGGAUAUGAACUUGGUGGCUUUGGAACCUCGCUGGUUUGGAAUAUCGGGGUGCUGAGAUCGCCUUCUGGAGCGACGGAAGCAAGUUCAUCGGGGAGGAGAAGGAUUUGCCGAGGAACAAGAUGCCUCUGGCCACCUUCUACUUCGUGUUGCCCUUAAUGGAAGUACUCUUCUCAGCUGAAGUGAGUGGGCUGCUUGGAGGAGACCAUCUGGAUUGUGUGAAAGCCAGCGACCAGUGUCUCAGGGAGCAGAGCUGCAGCACUAAAUACAGGACACUGAGGCAGUGUGUAGCUGGCAAAGAGAGCAACUUCAGCCGGGCAGCAGGCCUGGAGGCAAAGGACGAGUGCAAAAGCGCCAUGGAAGCUCUCAAGCAGAAAUCCCUCUAUAAUUGCCGCUGCAAAAGAGGCAUGAAAAAGGAGAAAAACUGUCUGCGUAUUUACUGGAGCAUGUACCAAAGCUUACAGGGAAAUGAUUUGCUUGAAGAAUCACCUUACGAACCAGUGAACAGCAGGUUAACGGACAUAUUCAGGCUAGCACCAAUUGUAUCAGCGGAGCCUGUCAUUUCGAAAGGGAACAACUGUCUGGAUGCUGCAAAAGCCUGUAACCUGAAUGAUACCUGCAAGAAAUAUCGAUCGGCGUACAUAACGCCCUGUACCUACAGCGUGUCUAAUGAAAUCUGCAAUAAGCGGAAGUGUCACAAGGCCCUAAGGCAGUUUUUUGACAAAGUUCCCCCCAAGCAUAGUUAUGGAAUGCUCUUCUGUUCCUGCCGAGAUACUGCAUGUACAGAAAGAAGACGACAGACUAUUGUUCCUGCAUGUUCUUAUGAGGACAGGGAGAAACCAAACUGCCUGAAUUUACAAGAUACUUGCAAGACGAAUUACAUCUGCAGAUCUCGUCUUGCAGACUUUUUCACAAACUGCCAGCCUGAGUCACGGUCUGUUAGUAGCUGCCUGAAAGAAAACUAUGCUGACUGCCUCCUUGCUUACUCAGGACUUAUUGGCACAGUUAUGACACCGAAUUAUUUAAAUUAUAAUAAUCUCAGCGUUGCACCAUGGUGUGAUUGCAGCAGCAGUGGCAAUGACCUAGAAGAAUGUCUGAAAUUUCUUAAUUUCUUCCAGGAUAAUUCAUGCCUUAAAAAUGCAAUUCAGGCUUUUGGCAAUGGUACAGAUGUGAAUGUGUGGCAACCAUUCCUACCUGUCCAAACCACCACAGCUUUAACUACAACAGGAUACAGAUCAAAGACAUAUGACUCUGAGAAUGCCAACAAUGAAAUACCUACUAAUAAUGACUUGCCAGCAUGUGCCAACAUCAAGGGACCGAAGCAGAGUUUCAAUGAAUCUAUAAUAACGGAACCCUGUGUGACCGGGAAUGCAAUUGGGAAGGAAAGUGUGGCAGGAGGCUCCACUAGUCACAUGUCUUCUGAUCAUUCAUCUUCUCUCCAUGUGAGUGUCAGGUCAAGCACGCUUCUUUUGCUGUUGGUGAUUGCAUUCUCAUUCUGUUGAUGCCCACGUUCAGAAGAAACCUUGUAUCUGCUUUAACAAAAGGACCCAUAAAAAGAAA